GUGAUUCCCCUCCCUCCUCACCCACUAUUCCUCCCCGCCAGCACCACAACCAACACCCCAAAUCACAAUUAGAAUAAGAUAAAGAGGAAUAAAAGAAAAUAAAAAGAUGUCCACCGACCACCACCGCAAAAUCGAACUCCAAUCCCCAGCAGACUUCACCUACCUAUACGCCAACACCGUCGCGCUCUCACGAGCAAAACUCGACCUCCACCUGCCUCCGUCCGCGAACCCCAACGAUGGACCGGAUCCCAUGCGCGAGCGCGUACGAGAAUUAGUCGAUGAGUAUAUAAACCGCACCUUCAACUCCGCCUCCCCCUCCAUUAGCAUCAAUGGGCUCGACUCCACGUCGCCCGAAUGGCCCUUCCCAGCAGCCUUCACAGCCCCCACAGAACAAGUGGAAUACGAAGCGUACGACGGGAAACUAGCAUCGCGGGUCACAUCGCUGUAUGCGCAAUUGGAGUCGUUGACGACGACGGUGGCGCAGUUGAGACGGGAUGCGCCGGGCCGGGCGGCGAAGGCGUAUGCGGAGCAGUUGAGGAGGGCGUUGAGGGAGGAUGAGGAGGAGGAGAAAUUAGAAGAUUUGGAUGGGGAGGAGAUGAAGGAGGAGGAGGAAGAAGAAGAGCAGAGUGCGGGACAGGAUACGGAGAUGGCUGAUGCGGGGACCACGGGCACAACGGCGACAACGACUCAGACUCAGAGGAAGGGGCCGAUGACGAGGUCACGGGCGAAGUUGGAGGUUUCGUUAGGGACGGAGAAUGAGGCGGAGAGGUGGCGGAGCGGGGAAAUGGCGGAGGUGUAUGAGGAUGCGUUGCGGACGUUGUUGCGGCUUCAGGGUGAAGGGGUAUCUGUGGACACGAGUGGUGAUGGGACGGAUGGGAAUGCGCUUUCUUCGACGCUGGGGAAGGCCGAGAGGGCUGGGCGGGCUGUCGAGGUGGUGGAGAAGAAGGGAGAGAAGAAGAAAUGAGUGUUUGUUUAGGCAUGUCUGCUUAUCACUGCGUUCUUUAUUUCCUCUGCUAUGGGUUUGGGUUGGCGUUUGCAGGGGUCUUGGGAUGAUACC